CACUAUUCUUGUUUUCUUGAGAGAGAGAGAGAGAGAGAGAGAGAGAGAGAGCAAUCAUCAAUGGAGCGAGGCAAUUACGGCAGAGGAGGCGGUGGGCGUGGGCGAGGCGGCGGAGUUAGAGGAGGGAGAAAUGGUGGUGGUGGUCGAGGAGGCGAUCAGAAUCAACAACAGCAAUAUCAUCAUCAUCAGCCGCAGUACCAAGGUGGGGCCCGAGGAGGAGGAGGAGGAAGGGGUAGUAGGGGUCCUCCUCCAAGUUACUUCGAUUCUGCUUCUGCUUUUCCUGUCCAACAACCACCUGCUCAGGCGUGGGGUUUACGGCCUUGUGGUAAUCAGGGUCCGUCGCCUGCUCAGGUGUGGAGUCCACGCCCUGGUGGUAAUCAGCCACCGUCCGGUCAAGAUUUGGGACGCGGGAGGCCGGAAUCCGUUGGAGGAAGAGGGCCUUGGGGUGGAAGGGGGUGGGGCCCUGCUCCUGCUCCGGUGCCUUCUUCUACUACCACUCCUCCAACUCCUCUGAGAUCCACUCAACCUCCUCCUCCUGAUCUUUCAGUUGUGAAAGAUAUGCAGUCAUUGAGGUUAUUGGAACAGUUGGCUGCACAAUCUGUUUCAAGAACUAAGGAGAGCAAUCUGCUUCCUGUGAAGCGACCUGACAGGGGCGGCACACUUGCCAUCCAGCGCCCCAAACUUCUUGUCAACCAUUUCCCAGUGCAAUUCAAUGCAAAGACGGUGAUUACACAUUAUGAUGUAGAUAUCAAAUUCGAGGAUCCUCCAAAGAAGGGCCGUUCUUCCAAAAUCCACAAAUCCCAUCUUCGUAUGAUCAAGGAUAAACUGUUCUCUGAUGACCCUUCUCAAUUUCCUCUGUUGAGCACUGCCUAUGAUGGUGAGAAGAACAUAUUCAGUGCAGUGGAACUUCCCACUGGUACAUUCAAAGUGGAGUUUGCGAUGGCGGAAGAUAUGAAUAGUUGUUCUUACUCUGUUACUAUAAAGGAGGUAAAUAAGCUGCACUUUGGCAAGCUGAAGGAUUACUUAAGUGGGGAUGUCCUAUCCAUUCCUCGUGAUAUACUACAGGGUAUGGAUUUGGUAAUGAAGGAGAAUCCCUCUAGGUGUAGAAUUCCUGUUGGUCGUAGCUUUUAUCCCAAAACAUUCAAUAGAAGAGACGACCUCAAUGGUGGAAUUACAGCAUCUAAAGGAUUCCAACAAAGUCUAAAACCCACAUCGCAGGGUCUUGCAAUGUGUUUGGAUUACUCAGUUUUGGCAUUUCACAAGCGCUUGCCUGUUUUAGAUUUCCUCAAGGAAUAUGGGGAAUUCAAAGAGGUAAAUGAUGUGAACAAGUACAAAGAGCAGGUCACGGAAACACUGAAAGGGUUGAAAGUUACAGUAACUCAUCGUGUUACCAAACAGAAAUACACGGUUGCGGGGUUGACUGCUCCAACACGAGAUUUGUCAUUUGAAGUUGAGGAUCCAGAGGGCAAGGCUCCGCCAAAGAAAAUGAAACUUGUUGACUAUUUCAAGGAGAAGUAUGGCAAGGAAAUCAUGCACAAAGGUAUCCCGUGCUUAGAUUUGGGAAAAAAUAACAGGCCAAAUUAUGUACCGAUGGAAUUCUGUGUCUUGGCAGAGGGGCAGAGGUACAACAAAGAGCAGCUUAGUAGAAAUGGAUCCAUUUUGUUAAAGAACAUGUCACUGGUUCCACCAAAGGACAGAAUGAGCACGAUCUAUGAAAUGGUGCGGGCUAAUGAUGGGCCAUGUGGUGGGGAUGUUGCUGAAAAUUUUGGCAUCCAAGUCAUCAAGGACAUGACAAAAGUGGAAGGGCGCGUCAUUGGGCCACCGCUAUUGAAGCUUGGCAACAUGGAGGAAGUAAGACUUAACAACGAAAAACGCCAAUGGAACCUUGUUAAGAGCUCAGUAGCAGAAGGCAAACCACUUGAGCGAUGGGCUUUAAUAGAUUUCAGUUUUAGGGAUCGCUUCCAACUGGAUAGUUUGAAUUUUGUUGAGAAACUCAGAAACCGUUGUGGAAAGCUAGGGGUCCGUAUGGAGCAACCCCUGGUUUGUCACUCAACUGACAUGAGACCAUUCUCUAACAUCAAUGAACUACGGAGACUUCUUCUGAGUGUUAUUGCAAAGGCUGAAAGGGUAAACCGGGGUCGAUUGCAAAUGAUUGUCUGUGUGAUGACUAGGGUUGACCCUGGGUACAAGUACCUCAAAUGGCUCUCUGAGACAGAGAUUGGGAUAGUGACCCAAUGUUGUCUGUUGAAGCAUGCAAAUGAAGGAAAAGAUCAAUAUCUCGCCAACCUCUCCUUAAAAAUAAAUGCCAAGCUUGGAGGAAGCAAUGCUGAGCUCAGUAAGCCGCUUCCCCGUUUUGAAGGUGAGGCCCACGUUAUGUUUGUUGGGGCCGAUGUCAAUCACCCUGCUGCGCGAAACACAACAUGUCCAUCUAUAGCGGCAGUUGUUGCCACUGUUAAUUGGCCUGCUGCAAAUCGCUAUGCCGCUAGGGUUUGCCCCCAGUACCACCGGAAGGAAAAGAUUUUGAACUUCGGAACCAUGGUUUUGGAACUUAUCCAAACUUAUGAGCUGAUUAACAAAGUAAAGCCUCAGAGAAUUGUGGUCUUUCGCGACGGUGUCAGUGAGGGUCAAUUCGAAAUGGUUCUCAAUGAGGAGCUGUUUGAUAUGAAAAAGGCCAUUUAUGCAGAAGAUUAUCGCCCCACGAUCACUCUUGUUGUGGCUCAGAAGCGACACCAGACCCGUUUGUUUCCUGAGACCAAGGACGAUGGAGGUUCCAAUGGGAAUGUGCAACCGGGGACAGUUGUGGACAUUGUGAUCACUCAUCCCUUUGAGUUUGAUUUUUACCUCUGUAGCCAUUACGGGAGCUUAGGAACUAGUAAGCCUACACACUACUAUGUCCUUUGGGAUGAGCACAGAUUUACUUCUGACCAGUUGCAGAGGCUGAUUUAUGAACUGUGCUUCACAUUUGCUCGAUGCACCAAACCGGUUUCUUUGGUCCCACCGGUGUACUAUGCCGAUCUUGUUGCUUAUAGAGGACGCAUGUUCCAAGAGGUGUCGAUGGAGUUAUCUCCUGAUUCAGCAGCUUCUCCAUCUUCUUCAGCGUUGACAUCCUUGUCCUCUAUUUCGUCGUUUGAUGAUAGUAGGUUUUAUAAGUUGCAUCCUGAACUUGAGAACAUUAUGUUUUUUGUCUGAAGGCUCAAAAUGGUCAUCAAAUCAUCUUCUUUGGCUAUUUAGAGAAUAGAGAAGGGAGAUUCUGCUUGUUACUUUUUGGCCCAGCAACCGAGGAUCACAUCUCCUUUUCUUCACGGUAAAGGAGUUUGUGCGUGAAUCUAAUGGGUUAGAUUUCCAUCUGUUUCUUCAAUACAAUGUGUGUUCUAGGGUUAUGGUGUGUUUUUCUUUUGGAUUAGAGAUCAAGGGUUAUGGUGUUUUGGGUUUCAUGUUUUGUCAACUGAGUUGAUCCUACUAUGGGGUUAACAUAUCUACCUAAAUAAGAAGAAAACCUGGAUUCUGUAA